AUGUCAAUGUAUAGGACUAAGCUAGGGAACCAUAGCCGUGUGAUCACCGUUACAUGGUGUAGGAAUCUCCUCCUCCUCCACGGGUUAUCGGUUACGAUAUCGAGCCCUUACGACGAAGGGAGAUCAUCGUCAUCGUCGUCGUUGUCGUCGGAUGGUGACGGGCAUUACACUUGUAAGGUGGAGCUGAAGCCAUGGUACUUUUGGAGGAAACAUGGGUCAAAGAGUUUUGCAAUAGAUGAUGGUAAAAAAGUGGAUGUUUUCUGGGAUUUGAAAUCUGCCAAGUUUAAUAUUGGUGAGACAGAGCCAAGUUCAGAGUAUUUUGUUGCUAUUGUUUAUGAAAACGAAGUCGUUUUGUUAGUUGGUGAUUUGAAAAAUGAAGCAUAUAAGAAAACUGGGUGUAGGCCUUGUAUUAGUGAGGCUAUUUUAGUCACAAAAAAGGAACAUAUUUUUGGUAAAAAGAAAUUUUUUACUAAGGCUAAGUUUCAUGAAAAGGGUAGAUUUCAUGAUAUUGUUAUAGAGUGUAAGAAUAAUAAAGUUGAAAUGGAUUUGGAAAUGGAGGUAAAAGUUGAUGGAAAAGUGGUAAUUGAAGUCAAGCAUUUGCAAUGGAAGUUUAGAGGAAAUGGGAGUAUACAUUUGAAUAGGUUAAGGGUAGAAAUGUAUUGGGAUGUACAUGAUUGGUUAUUUAGUCCUGGAUUAAGGCAUGCUUUGUUUAUCUUUAAGCCUAUUAUUCCGUUAUCGUCGUCAAAGAGUUUAUCAUCUACGUCUCCAAUGUCGUUGUCAUCGUCAUUGUCAUCGUCUCUAUCUUUAUCGUCCACCCCAUUGUCAUCCCUACUUUCCGAGAGCUCUGGAUCGUUGGGUGAUGGGUUAAAUGGAAAUGGGUCAUCCGAGUUUUGUUUAUUCCUAUAUGCUUGGAAGGUUGAAUGA